UGUAAACUAAAAUGGCGGACAAGAACACUGUUGACGAAAAUGAUAUGUUAAGUGGAAAUUGUGAAAUGUGUGAAUCGGAAGAGGAGGUCAAAUGGUACUGUAUCGAUUGUCAGGAACGCCUUUGUGAAAAGUGUAGAGCACACCAUCUUAAAAACAAGAAGUUACAGAAUGACAACAUCGUAUCUAUCAGAGACGCCAGGGAAAACGUCGAGGUCAUAAACCAGAACGACCACAACACAUGUGUCAGACAUGGGGAUAAACAGCUCGACUUUUUUUGUGAGACAUGUGAUGAUACUAUAUGUCAAGACUGCUUAUCUGAAAACCAUCGAUCUCAUGAGUGGAACACCAAAGAACGAAGCAUUAAAUCGUUAAAAACUGCCUUGAGUGAUACGAUACAGAAUUUCAAUGAAAAACUAGCAAAAUAUCGCGAUGUGGAAGAAAAGGACAGAACAAUGCAUGAAUUCAUCAUCAAAAGGCUUGCCGACUGUAAGCAAAGUAUUAAUGACGUGGCAACCAUGAUUUGCGAGGAAACUAUGAGUCUCAGGAAUGAUUAUCUUCAUGAAAUCAAUUCAAUAGAAUCGAAGGAGAAAUCACGUUAUGAAUCCAAACACAAAAAAUACUCCUCUGAAACUCAGGAACUUAAAACAUCGAUUGAUGACAUAGAAAAAGAAAUAAGAUUAAACAAUAUUUUCCAUCUUCACGUUCUUUCGAAGGAAAUGAAAACAAAAUCUUCGGAUUUCCAAACACCAGAAGAAUACAGAGUUUUACCUCCUUCAUUUGAAAAGGCAUCAUUUCAGAAACAAAAAUUAGUUGCCAUGUUUGGAAUGUUGAAAACACCAGAAGAUAUAAAUGCGUUUAACGAUUUGUCGUUGAACCUCAAGGUGACACACCUUCAGACUAAUGUACGAAAGAAGAUCAUUGCUCUGUGCCCCCUUGACGACGGGUCGGCAUGGCUUUCCUAUAGCAGCAAUGGCGACGACGCCGAAGGGACCAGACAUGAAAACAAGGGGAGACAACUUGUUCUCAUAGACAAAAGCCUGCACGAAAAAGCCAGAUCAUGUCAAAUUGAUCGGGAAGUUGUCAACAUGGCUUUGUUUAAAUCAAAGGAAAUCCUAAUCACCUGUUUCAUGGAUACUUGCAUCCGAAAGCUUUCAUGUAAUGGUAAGAAGUUGACAAAUUUUGCAGACUUGUCCCCAAAUUAUGCUAGAAGUGUAUGUGUACAGGAGGGGGGAGCAGAGGUAAUCGUGUGUGGAAAUGCUCCUUAUUCUUCUGGAUUGGUGGAAAAGAGUAAGAACGUAGUUUUGAGACUAUCUGCAGCUGGGAGUAUACUACAGGAGAUAAGAUUGGAUAGCCAUGACCCGGAAGUGUUCCAGCUCCCAUACAGGGUUACUGCCUUCUCAACUGGUGAGAUUCUAGUCGUUGAUAGAGCUCCGGAUGACCAUCGCGUUGUUUGUGUGGAUAAAAGGGGCAGAUAUAUGUACACGUGGAGAGGAGAAGGGGUGGGUGAUACAGAUCCGUUGGAUAUCACAGCUAUUGGAAACAAGAAGGUUUGCCUUAUAGUUGAUGAAUCGUACAACAAAAUAUAUGCCCUAUCAAAAGAUGGCUGCAGGGCGAAGGUGUUAUUGGACAAGAAGAGGCGUGCAAUGGGGCCGCGUUGCAUUGCAACUGACAGUCAGGAAAGAGUGUGGGUUGGGUGUGACAAUGGUCUUAUUGUUCUAGGAGAGAUAUAUUUGCCAUAUAGUUCAUCUGAUACUGCUGUAAUGUUAAAAAUAUAUAAUCAUUUAAUCUUAUGGAGUUAACUUUUAUGUACACAAGUUGUGAGUGUUUUUAGAAGUUGUGAAAAUAUACAAUGGUUGAGAUUUAACCAGCACUAAAUAAGGUUGUGUAUCAAAGUAUUAAAUCUGUGAUCAACAUUAAAAGACGAGGGAUCUCACUAAGCUUGCACAAAUUCUCCGAGAGGGUCGAGGAAUAGAAUGGAACUUGCUUCCAUAUAAUAUUGUUUUUCCGUCCUGAUGGACUUUUGAGACAAUAUUGUACAACUAAUUAAGGUUGAAGAAUAGUAUUUAAAGCAGUAUCAAAAUUGAAAGUUAAUUUCGAUGAAUAUUUUCACAGUAAAAAUGUAUUGAUAUAAAGAUUUAUGUCGAAACGUUAGUUGAUCAACCUACUCAUACGAUAAUGUUUUAAUUCAUCGUGUUACAUAGUAAAAUCUCAUCAGCAGAGGAAAUGUACAUAUUCUUUUUAAACAUUUAUUUCAGAAAUACUACAAUAUUUUAGACCUUUCAUGCUCACUAAUCCAUUAGUCGAAUCUGUCACCUGAAUCACAAACUUUAAUAUAUCUGAAUUCAAAAUGACCCAACGAUCACAUAAUAUGGUACUUUUGUACGAUUACAUUAAAAAAAAAAAAUAUUAUACAAUUAUAACAUGAUACUUUUUAUACACUGAUUAUAUCAUGGUAUAAUAAU